CACAACAAUAAUGAAUGGAAAAGCAGCGCAGCCAAGAAAGUUGAGCAGCAGCUAAAAACUUAAGUCAGCACUUGGAACCGUUAUUUAUCGGAUGGAAAUGACAAAGAAAAAUUAAUURAAAAGUUUUUGGACGUGAUGGAUUGGACGGGUAAAUCGGAUACUACGCUUUGGAAGAGGAAGCCGCUGUAUUUUCGUAGAAACUUUUGAAUUUUCCUGUUGGUUUUUGACGCCUCAUCAACUUGAGUAAAUGGCAUUGUGUGGGACAGUGGACUGCAGCGGUGUUUCGUGUGUCGGAACUGUUUGGAUUAAUUUGGGCAGAAAACUGGAAUAACUGGACGUUUUGUUGUUUUAAUUAAACUCGAGAGAAGCUGAAGUUUGAAGUUGCGGGACAAAUUGAUAAAUAAAAACAACUCGAAAGAAUAAUAAAAAAAUAUGGGUAAUAUAGAAAGUGUUGACGGCCAGUCGGAGAUAAAACAUCACAUCAUGCCUCUGAAGGUGCCCAUGCCUGACCCCACCGAGCUGGAGGAGAAAUUUGCCAUUGUUUUGAACUCAAUGAAUCUUCCUCCUGACAAAGCUCGCCUCCUACGGCAGUACGACAACGAGAAGAAGUGGGACCUCAUCUGUGACCAGGAGAGGUUUCAGGUGAAGAACCCACCUCACACCUACAUCCAGAAGCUCAGAGGAUACUUAGAUCCUGGAGUCACUCGAAAGAAAUUUCGCAGGCGUGUGCAGGAAUCCACAAAAGUCCUGAGGGAGCUGGAGAUAUCUCUGAGGACAAACCACAUUGGGUGGGUCAGGGAGUUCCUCAAUGAUGAGAACAGAGGUCUGGAUGUCCUGGUGGAGUACCUCUCCUUUGCCCAGUGUGCUGUGAUGUUGGACUUUGAGGGGACGGAGAAAGGGGAGGAUGGCUUCCUGGACAAGGCGAAGUCAUGGAGCAGGUCCAUCGAGGAUCUGCACCACUCGAGYGCCCGACCCUUCUGCAACACACUGGUGCGCUCUGCCCGCCAGUCAGUCCUGCGCUAUGGAACCAUUUCAAACAGCAAAACCAUCAAGAACUCGCGGCUCGUGAGUCAAAAAGAUGACGUGCACGUGUGCAUCAUGUGUCUGCGAGCCAUCAUGAACUACCAGUACGGCUUCAAUAUGGUCAUGUCUCAUGCGCACGCCGUCAAUGAAAUUGCCCUGAGUCUGAACAAUAAGAACCCGAGGACAAAAGCCUUGGUCCUCGAGCUGCUUGCUGCUGUCUGUCUGGUCCGGGGAGGCCACGAGAUCAUCCUGUCAGCGUUCGACAACUUCAAGGAGGUUUGUAAAGAGAAGCAUCGCUUUGAGAGACUCAUGGARUAUUUCCGCUGUGAGGAGGGAAACAUUGACUUCAUGGUCGCUUGCAUGCAGUUCAUCAACAUUGUGGUCCACUCAGUCGAAGACAUGAACUUCAGAGUCCAUUUGCAGUAUGAGUUCACCAAGCUGGGCCUCGAUGACUAUCUGGAGAAAUGUAAACACACAGAGAGUGACAAGCUGUCGGUGCAGAUCCAGGCCUACCUGGAUAACGUCUUUGAUGUGGGCGGCCUCCUGGAAGACGCGGAGACGAAGAACGCGGCGCUGGAGAAGGUGGAGGAGCUGGAGGAGCACCUGUCCCACGUGACAGAGAGGCUGCUGGAGGUUGAGAAUGAAACAAUGAUGAAAGUUGCCGACCUGGAGAAGCUGCUCCUCCAGAAAGAUAAGGACCUGCAAGCCGUUCGGGAGACGUACGAGUCGACCAACACCCAGGUCAACACCCUGAGGAGGAUGAUCAAGGAGAAGGACGCCGCCUUCCAGAGGCACUUCAACAUCGAGAAGCGGCUCCUGGAGCUGGAGCAGCAGGGCACCAUCCGCCUGCACAAGAGGCCCGACGGCGACAUCACCAUCGAGCCGCUGGGCAUCGGCGGCCGACUCGGGAUCCCCCUGGGGAACGUCGGCCAGUUGGGUUCGACGGCCGGGCUGGCGGAGUUCGGAGGAGCCGACACCGGCUUGCCGCCGGCGAGUGAAGCUCCUCCGCCUCCUCCGCCGCCGCCUCCGCCUCCCCCUCCUCUGCCGUCUGCUUCAGCUGCCCCAGCCCCACCUCCUCCUCCUCCUCCCGCUCCUCCUCUGCCAGACGCUUCUCCCUCGGUCAUCCUGAGCGUCGGCCUGUCCGCUAUCAGGAUCAAGAAGCCCAUCAAGACCAAGUUCCGCUUGCCUGUUUUUAACUGGACGGCCCUGAAGCCCAAUCAGAUCAACGGCACAGUUUUUAACGAGAUUGACGAUGAGCGCGUGCUGGAGGUUCUGGAUCUGGAGAAGUUCGAGGAGCUUUUUAAGACCAGAGCACAGGGUCCGGUUGUGGAUCUUUCCUGCACAAAGAGCAAAGUAGCCCAGAAAGCAGCAAACAAAGUCACGCUUCUCGACGCCAAUCGCUCCAAGAACUUGGCCAUCACCCUGCGAAAGGCCAACAAGACCACGGAGGAGAUCUGCAAGGCGAUAGAGAAGUUCGACCUUAAGGCCUUGCCGGUGGACUUCGUGGAGUGCCUGAUGCGUUUCCUGCCCACCGACGGCGAGGUGAAGGUGCUCCGGCAGUACGAGCGYGAGCGGCGUCCUCUGGACCAGCUGGCCGAGGAGGAUCGCUUCAUGCUGUUCUUCAGCAAGAUCGAGAGGCUCACCCAGAGGAUGAACAUCAUCACGUUCGUGGGGAACUUCGCCGACAACAUCAACAUGCUCACGCCGCAGCUCAACGCAGUCAUCGCCGCCUCCGGCUCGGUGAAGUCCUCRCCGAAGCUGAAGAGGAUGCUCGAGAUCAUCCUGGCUUUGGGAAACUACAUGAACAGCAGCAAACGAGGCUGUGUUUAUGGCUUUAAACUACAAAGUCUUGAUCUGCUGCUGGACACCAAAUCUACAGACAGAAAAAUGACUUUGCUUCACUACAUCGCUCUUAUUGUGAAGGAGAAGUACCCCGAACUGGCCAACUUCUACAAUGAACUGCACUUUGUGGAUAAAGCUGCAGCAGUAUCUCUGGAAAACGUUCUGCUUGACGUUCGGGAGCUGGGCAAAGGCAUGGAGCUGAUCCGGAGGGAGUGCAGCCUYCACGAUCACCCCGUGCUGAAAGGUUUCGUCCAGAGUAGUGACCCACAGCUGGACACGCUGCAGAGAGACGCGAAGGCAGCAGAGGAAGCCUUCAACAGCGUGGUGAGCUACUUCGGAGAGAGCGCCAAGACGACCCCGCCGUCCGUCUUCUUCCCCGUGUUUGUGCGCUUCAUCAAGGCCUACAAGGAUGCAGUGGAGGAAAACGAGCUGAGGAAAAAGCAAGAGGAAGCCAUGAGAGAAAAGUUACUGGCUCAGGAGGCRAAACAGCACGACCCAAAGGUCCAGGCCCACAAGAAGAGGCAGCAGCAGCAGGAGCUGAUCGCAGAGCUGCGAAAGCGACAAGCCAAAGACCACCGACCCGUUUACGAGGGCAAAGACGGGACGAUUGAGGACAUCAUCACAGUACUGAAGAGCGUGCCCUUCACAGCCCGCACUGCUAAACGCGGCUCACGGUUCUUCUGUGAAGCCAACCUCUGCGAAGACGCCAACUGCUAGCCCUCCCACUCUGUAAUGCCAAGGUUGUCCAGAUCUCCGAAACCAGCCCUUCCUGCGAGCUGACGCGUUGAUCCGGAGCGGUUGGAAGAGACCCUGAAACACUUAGCUGUCACCUAAACGCUCCCCUCCCUCUUUGUAACACUUCUCCCUGUGGUCCAUCUCAACCCCUGAGGCUGCAGAGCUCAACCAAAGCAAAACCAAAAAAAAAAAAAGGGACUGCAAAGGGAGGACAGGACUUUUGUUUUGGCUGAAUAAUUUAUUUAUUUAUGGAGGUGCUCUUUUACAGCCACUUCUACAGAGCAGGCAUCAUUCCAGGAGCACAAAGACUGUUUUAUUCUUUAUUUUUUGGCCUGUUCCUGCUCUGCUGGAGCUGAGAGCCUGUUGGUUGGAGGGCAGCUGCAGGUGGAGGUGAGGCCCAUUGACACUGGUGGAGGCAUGCUUUCACUAAUAAGAACCUGCCAGCACUUGGAUCUUCUUGUGGACAAAAACCUGUUCAUUUUCCUGACCUGGAUCCUGAUGUGUGGCGGGACUCAGAAAGGGAAGGCAGCCUGGAAACGCUGCUGCUGCUCAGUUCUGCCUCAAAGACGUUUCAGCACGUUCCCAACGGACUCUUGAAAACUCUUUAAUAGGGUUCUGCCAAGUCUUCCCAACACCUUCAGCUGAGGUUUAUUACUGAAAGUUAUUCAGAUUGAUUCCUGGAGGAAGGACUUCUUGUUCUCUUYGUUGAGCUAGCCAAGCCAAAAUGUCUUAAACGUGUUCUGCUUAAAAAGUGCCUUUUGUAUAAAACAGUGUUAUUUCCUUUAUGUUCAUCCUGCGUUUGGUAAAGAUUGUAUCGUUACUGCCUAAGCCUUAUAAUACUAACAAUAUGCAAGCUGAAUUUCAGGUUUUAGAGGCACACAAACCGUGUGAGAACAGUACUGUGCAAAAGUCUUGAGUCAUGUCAAUACAUUUUUUUUGGUAAUCUUUUGAAGAGGUUUUUCAGAGUUUGGCUGCAUUUUUACUCAUUUGGCCAGUAAAUGGACAAAAAUAGUUAGUAGUGCUUUAAAAAAAUGACAAAUGAACUAGAAGUUCUAAAACACGUUUUGAAGAAACAACAAAAAAAAAAGGCAAAAUUCUGAUGGUUAAAAAAAGUUACUGUUUUGAGUUUAGAAGCCUUUUUUAUAUCUGGAUGAUUCAAGGGUCAGAGGCUUGCAAACAAAAGAAACCUUUAAAAAAGGACAGAAAAGUCCUUCAGAAAGCCAAAAAUUACAAGAAAGCACAUAUUUUUGUAAACAAAAUUGAAAGGAAAAAAAAGACGACUUAAGACUUUUGCACAGCUCAUCAAUGCAUUUCUGUAAAAAUGAUGAGUGAUUGUAGGUUUCCAGGUCUAAUCAGAGCAGUGCGUAAAACUGAAUGUUACUGUAUUUGCCUUGACAACACUUGCCGUCACACUGCAGGUGACAUCUUGAAAGUGACUUUGAAGAGUUCCCUGCCUUAAGAGACAAAGGUUCUCCCAAAUGUUUUAUUAUUCCUUCCUAAUGCUGACUCAGAGCGUUACACUACUUCAUCUUGGCUCAAGAUUGUAUGCAACACUAUUGUUAGUGGGAAAGAGCUUAUAUUAAUAUGAAUUAAAACCAAAUACAAGAAACGACUCGUGAUGGUGCCCAGUGACUGAGUGAUGACACUUCCUGUUUAAUAAAUGUUUUGUUACAGUCCAAGGUUGUGGAAAAGAAAAGAUGAUGCUGUUUGGAUGAAGCAACAUUCAAACUUUUUUUACAUGUUUUAUUUAUUUUUUUUUUUUAGAAGAACCAAAGCUAAACCAUGAUGUUUUCCAACAAGAGAUAAUACAACCUCAUCACUUUUCUCCAAGUAACAAACAGGGCCAUCGUAUAUUCCACUAUUUAAAAAAAUCAUUUUAAUUUCAUAUAUAUUUAUAUAUGAACAAUCAGAGCCACACAUUUGUGGAUUUUGUCCACUAUUAAAAAAAAAACACCUCCAACUGAAACACGAUUGUUCUAAUUUGCAAGGCUGCUUAAAACACAACAUAAAAAAGAAUACUGUUAGGAAACAAAAGGGUAGAAAUCUGACUUUCCUCCAAGUUMGGUGUGAGAGCACCAUGCAGUGUGGAAUGGCAAUUAAAAGUAGUGUAGUGGAAACAAAGCAACACUGCUGAGAUUUGAAACAAACAAAAACAAAAUAAAAAAUGACUGACAAAUGUUAGCAGCAAAGCAAACAAACUU